UUCAUCAAAAGCAAGUUUAGUAAACACCGAUUAAAAGUAAAAUGAUAAACUAUUGGUUUAAUAAUUUAAAAGAAACAUAAAACUUAAACUAAAAAUCACAUCAAGAAAUAAAUUAAUAAAAAGGUAAACGUCUGCUUUUUGCCUGUGAAUGAAACAAAAAGAAAAAACAAAUCCCAGAUUUCUUCUGCAUGCGUUUUUAUUAAGUCGCUAUCUACGCGCACCGCAAACAGCAAAAUACAGUUAACAACAUACAACAGUAGGAUUGUUCAUGGUCUACGACACAUACGAGAAAAUGAUUGAUGAGCAAUUAAUUGAUGAAGUUGAACAACAUGGAGUUAUCUAUAAUCGGCAAAAAUAUUGCAUCAACAUGGGUGCUGGUUCGGCAAAUGGCAAUAGCAGUGGUGGCGGAGUCAACAAGUACGAAACAAAGGAUGAGGCUUGGCAGGAAAUCGCCAUGAAUUUAAGAUCUGACGUUGAAACAUGCAAAAAACGUUGGAAAUACCUACGAGAGCGUUAUGUAUCACAACGCAAACAAGGCGAUCCUCCAGUAUACGAACAUCUCUCACGUCCAUAUUUGGAAAAAAUGAAAUUCCUCGAUCAACACAUUCAGCCACGCAAAUCCUAUCGCAAUGUAUCAAGUUUCCUAACAUCACCCAAUGCCAGUAAUUCAUUUUGUGAAUACAAUAUGGAUUCUUCGAAAUCGAAUAGUUCAAUGAAAAAUCAUUCUUUUAAUGCCCAACAACAUCAUCAACAACAGCUGCAACACCAACAACAGCAACAAUCACAAUCUCUAUCCUAUCCCCAAGAGAAUAUCAUAAAAACCGAAGAAGAUCCAACGUUUCGUGAUUUUGUAGCAGCAGUUGCAUCACAAUCGCAACAUCUUCAACAAAUCAAUGCCCAUCAUGCGUCGUCAUUCAAUCCAAGUAUGAUGGCUAGUCCUAGCGAUAAUGGCGGCAAUCAUCACAUAUCCAAUAUUAUACCUCCGCCUAUUCAACAGCAAUCUGUAGAUAACUAUGACCAAUUUCGGGCGAGUGAGCAAGGUGCAUCUGCGAGUGGGGCGGCCAAUGUUGGCAAUGGAGUGGCUUCAUCAACAUCCUCAUCAAUGAAGUCUCCUUUAUCGUCAUCGCCACCACCUCCGCCACCGGUUACAGCAAAUAAUAAUGCAUCGUCUGAGUUAAGUGAUGAGCAAAACUUUGCAACAAACAGCAGUGGCAAUAGCAUGAAGAAAGCCCGCGUACAAGUGUCGAAUCAAUAUCUGGACACCUCAGAUUCAGAUGAUAGUCCAUUGUCAUCGAUGCGGCAUGCGAAGAUGUUAAACGAUAGCAAACACGCUGUCCAACAUUUACAUCAAUCUCAUCAGCAUCAUCAACAACAACAGCAACAACAAAUCCUACAGCAACAACAAAAACACCAACAACAAUACAAUAAAAUGUUCAACAAUCCAUCACGUAAUAUGAAUUCCCUCAACCAUACACCAGCAGCUGCCUCCGGAGGACUUUAUCCAUCGAGCAAUGAUUUUUUAUUUUCACUCUAUCAACAAAUGUCGCCAGCAGCUGCUGCUGCAGUAGUUCAACAAGAACGAAAUAUCAAUGCUGCUGCAGCUGUGGCCUCAACAAGCUCUGCACGCAGUUCGGAACACCUCCUUGGCGAAUUGGUUACAUCUGAGCUCCUCAAAAUGAAUAAGGAUCGUCGAAAAACCGUCCAAAAAAGAAUUCUCGAAAUAUUAUUUUUUGAGGAUUAGAAGAGUUUUGUUUGUUGAUAAAUGCCUCGGGUAAGUGCUUAGUUGCAAUAAGAUUUAGAUUAUAGUGAAAAAGUAUAACCAAAAUCACAUCAUUAUUUAAAAACAUAAACAAACAAAGAUUUGUACAAUAUAAAACAUAAAUUAUAUUAAUUAUUUAAUAUAUAGCGAGUUAUUGUUUAGGGUUAAGUUUUUAUGAAAAAUGUGUGGUUAGGAAAGAGUUUGCAUUUCUAUUUACAUUAAUAUUUCCUUUUUCUUUUUGUUAAACUGAAUUAUUAAAAGAAAUAUUUUUAAAAAAUGGCCAAAAAUUAUUAAAACAAACAACAUUUUGAUGGCCAAUUAAAAAUAAAGAAAUUCAGUUACAUUUAAUCAGUUUAAAAAACAAACAAAAAUUACCUACAUUCAUUAUCCUUCAUCAGAUAUUUUAUAUUUGUAUUUAUGUGUAAUACUAGCUGACCCGGAAAACGUUGUUUUGCCGUAUACAAUUUUUCUAGAAAAUAAUUUUUUAGUUAUGUGAAAAAAUAACUAAAGUUACUAUAAGUGUGUGGGGAUGUGGUUAUGAUUGAAAGAGGAAUGGACAACAGAAACUAACUAAUUAAUUAUUUUAUUCUUUAUACUUUAUUAAAUUGACAAAUAUAUAUUUUAAAUUAGGAACAGUGUCCCCAAUUUUCCACUGUAUUUAUCACCAAACCAACAUUUUUUCCUCUCCUUUAAUCUUGAAAAAAAAACGUCGCAUAUUUUGGUCAUUCUCUUAAUUCUCGUUGCUAGGAAAUAAAUGGAUCUGACAAUAAUAUUAAGUGAUUUAAAACGACAUGGGUCCUUUAUCCUCCUCGUUAGCAAAAUUAAACAGAUGCCAGUCUUCGCCAUCCCGAUGUUGUCGUCGAUGCGCGAGAUAUUUUUUUUUCUAAUUAAUUCCAUUUAAACCAACUUUCCUCUUCCUCAGCCCUUCUACCUCGGUUUCCUCAUCCCCUCAUUCGCCCUUUUUUAAUACAAAAUCUAGAGAUUGUAACAGGGGGGUAAAUAUCUAUACCGCCGGGAGGAACUCCUGACUAAUAUAAAUAUUCUUUCCGCCUGCUCUUAAAACAAAAAAAAUC